AAGUGAAAGACGUUAUAGGGGUAUAUAUAGAGCUCGUGCUCGUGUAGUCAAGAGCACACACACACACACACACAGUCAGGAUGGUGAGAAACAGUGUGACGGUACAGGCAGCUGCUCUCCUGUUGCUUGCUUUGCUCUUCAUCUGCUGGAACUCUGCAGGAGCCACUGAUGGAGCACCAGACUGCUGUUUGAUGACUGUGGACAAAAAGGUUCCACAAAGCCUGGUGGAAUCCUACUACGUUCAGACUCCAGAGACAGGCUGCAGAGUGCCAGCUACAGUGUUUGUCACAAAGAAAGGCAAGCGACUCUGCGCGCCUCGUGCGACAAAGAACAACUGGGUUAAAAAGUUGAUCAAUAAACUCAACAAAACAUCCAGAAAAACGUCCAAACGAAAGUCGCAGUAGAUUAUCUCGGAUCAGAUAACACGGGUCCUGUUUCGAUCAAACAAUCAAUCAGUCAAUCAACGACUCAACUUGGAUUAGACUGAUCUGAGACGCUGAAACCACUGCCAGGAAUGAAUAAGCUUUUCGAGUUAUACGGCUGUUGAUGUGUGCAACCAAACACACCACCUGAACAUGCUGUGAUUGUAUUUUGUAGCAUCUUUAUUCUGUAAAUAUUUAUUCCUGCUGUACAUUAUAUGUAUUUUCUUGUGAAUCAGUAAGCAGGUUGUAUUUUGUGGAGCACAUAACAGAUUGCCACUGAUUUGUAUUCUGAAUGUUUGUAAAAGACACUUUUUUUUUUCUGAUAAAACACAUGACUGUGAAGACAAUUUGUAUUUUUUGUUUGCAUAGUAAUAAAAAGCCAUCAUAUUGUGUCAUACAA